AUGGGGAAGUCCACUACGUUGGAGGCUUUGGUAAGAUUUUGUGAUGCAGUUGAAAAUCUGUACACUAGGGACUAUCUGCGUAGACCUACUCCCAGGGACCUCCAACGGCUUCUACAAAAAGCCGAAGCUCGAGGAUUUCCAGGAAUGAUUGGUAGCAUCGACUGCAUGCAUUGGCAAUGGAAGAAUUGCCCAACUGCCUUGCAAGGUGAUUACGGAAAUAGAAAAGGCCAAAAAAGUAUCAUCCUUGAAGCCCUUGCUGGCUUUGACACAUGGGUUUGGCAUGCCUUAUUCGGAGUUGCCGGAUUCCAAAAUGAUCUCAACGUGCCGGGUCAAUCUCCGGUCUUCAACGAUGUUUUGAGAGGCCAAGGCCCCAAUAUCACCUAUCAAGUCAACAAUAUAGUCUACCAGACGGGGUAUUAUCUAGCUGACGACAUCUACCCAAGAUGGACCACAUUUGUCAAAUCCAUUCUGAAUCCCCGAUCCCAGAAGCAAAAAUUAUUUGCUACCUAUCAAGAAGGAUACAGGAAAUAUGUCGAAAGGUGUUUUGGCAUCCUUCAAGCUCGGUGGUUGAUUAUUCGAGGUGCGGCCAGUAUGUUUGAUGAUGAGAUCCUCAAAAGCAUUAUGAUGACUUGCAUCAUCCUCCAUAAUAUGAUUGUGGAGGAUGAGUACGAUUAUUAUGCUGUAGAGGUCUACGAACCGGAUCUAAUGAACACGCCCUUGACCCGGAUUUAUGAAAGGCCCAUGGGGCCAAAUGGAGAACCGUUUGAGCCGGAACCGUUGGUGAGGGACGGUCGUUUCAUGACCUAG